AUUGAAGGAUGAGGUUCUGAAAAUCAUGCCUGUUCAGAACCAGACCAGAGCUGGACAGCAUACCAGGUUUAAGGCUUUUGUAGCCAUUGGCGACUACAAUGGCCAUGUUGACCUAGGUGUCAAGUGCUCCAAGGAAGUGGCCACAGCUAUUCGUGGUGCCAUUUUUCUGGCCACACUGUCCAUUGUUCCUGUGAGAUGUGGCUACUGGGGGAACAAGAUUGGCAAACCUCUCACAGUGCUCUGCACGGUCACUGGUCAUUGUGGAUCAGUUCUGGAACACCUGAUCCAAGCCCCCAGAGGUACUGACAUUGUCUUAGCUCCUGUGCCUAGGAAACUGCUGCUGCUGACUGGAAUUGAUGAUUGCUACACUUCUGCUAGGGACUAUACUGCUACUCUGGACAACUUUACUAAAGCUACUUUUGAUGCCAUCUCCAAAACAUACAGCUACCUAACCCCAGACCUGUGGAAAGAGACUGUUUUCACCAAGUCUCCUUAUCAGGAAUUCACUGACCAUCUUGUGAAGACUCACACUUGAGUGUCUGUCCAGAGGACCGAAGCAGCUGCUGUGGCCAUCACAUAAAUGUUUUUUUUUUUAUAAACAAGGAAUAAAUUGA